AUGUCUAACAUGUACGAUAUGAGAACAGUACACAUGCAGAAACCGCGUAUUCAAGUGGAUUUCGUUGCAACAACUAAUCCUACCAAAAUGAACAUCAUUGUAUCAAUCAUUCCCGCAAUCGUGCGUAACGUUAUGGACUUCACGCUACUGAUGGCAGGCAUUAGCCUAAAUGCCUGUCUCAGUCUCUUUAUCGUAUUGAAUUCAACCAUGCACACGUCCACUAACUGUUACAUAGUGGGUCUGGUAUUAUCGAAUUUUGUAAUCCUGCUUGAACCACUUGAGCGAGUACUCAGCUGGAUUUUCGGUAUACAUUUAGAAAUGAAUCUCGACUACGUAUUUUUGAUGAGCUUCAGCACGUCCGUCCUGACGAUAAUUUUAUUAAAUAUUGAGACGUACGUUGUUGUUUGUCAAAAACGUUCGCACCUUCUCAAGCCGCUUUUAAAGAUUUCGACAGCUGUGAAAGGAAUCUUAUUUAUAUGGGCAAUGUGUUUAAUGGCGACAGCCAUAGAAUUACACUUGUACGAUCAUUUCGUGAAAGAAAUUACAUACGACAUUUACGUUUCGUCCACUAUUAUGUUCGUAAUAUUCCCGUGUUUCAUUUUCGUUUUACUUGAUUACUUUAUCUUAUAUGAUCUGAUAAUGUUGAAAUCAAAAACUGGAAUGUGGUCGAGCAAAGAUAUGGAGCGCUUUAUUUUUCUGGUUGGUGUUAAUAUUGGUUUCUUCCUAACUAUGGUACCAUAUCGAAUUGCGAGAGCUCUCACUCUCGCAACACAAUCUUACAAUAUCAAUAUGGCAAUAGAGAUAACUUAUAUGAUGAUUAAAAUGUAUCCGACAAUCCUACCAAUAAUAUGUUUCGUAACAUUGAAAGAGUUUCAAGUCCCUCGAGAGAGAAGGAAGAUCACAAAGAACCAGGAAACCGGUGAAGCAGAACAAACGCUCAUACAAACUUCCGAUUCGAGGAACGCGAACUGA